AAUAAGAACAACACGAAUACCAAAAGCGUGAAAGUUGGUCAUGGAGAUAUGUCGUCGAAAACCCAAGAAGCCACCCGGGGAGUUGUUCAUCACUGAACCAGACAAUAUCCUGGGCCCAAGCGAUUGGCUCUUAGAAUCCUUGAUGCCCAGGCACGCACCAGUGCGCGGAAGCUUCCGCGAGCGGCCGUUUCGAGAUCCAACGACAGAUGGUAGAUCGCCUCCGACUGCCUCGUUCCCUCGUGCUUCUCAGGCCCGUCCCAAGCCUUCUCCUCCUCCUUACUCCCUUGUCCAUCACACCGCUGUGUGAUGGCCUGUGCUGUGCGGGCACAUCUGCAGCGGCGUUGACAUUGUCAUUGUCGGCAGCGUCGGCGCCUGUUGUCUAUCUGUACUCCAUUUUCUGUGAGGGCAAUGAUUUCAUCACUUUCAGCCCAACGCCGCUCUGGCCCCGAUGCGCCGAUGUCAUCGACAUCAAUUUCGCCCCCUUCUCCGCACUAGAUCCUACAUCGAUCUUCUUUCCAAUGCUCCCAAGCAAGAGUCACUGCGAUCAUACGAUAACGAAGAGUACCUCACACACCAUGCAGAUCAGUUCAACCGAUGUGGACCUUUGGGUGAACUACAGUACGCAGGGUGCAGUGCAUAAAACAUCAAGAUGAUAUGAGUCGGAAAGACCGGCCUCCACUAUAUGUGCGAAUGUUGUUGGCACGAUAAGCUUUAGUAGUAUCUCAAUGUAGAUCUAUGGAUCUUGUCCCUUCCCGCAUACCUUCUCGGGCACUACACAUUUUUGGUACAAAAAUAUCCACGGGUGUCUCACUGCCCUCUAGUGUUAGCUGACGGUCGCGUGGCCCGACGUCUUCACUAGUCGUACAGUGCCAC